CAGAAGUGCGCUUGCGCGUCGCCCUUCUCGGCCGAGAGUCCCGGGAGAAGCACGGGGAGAGGAGGGCCCGGGCCACGGUAGUCAGCGAGGGGCCGGCGGAACAUGCGUGCGCAUUCACAAAAGGGCGGGGAAGUGCAUGCACGUAGUCGGAAAGGGGGCAGUAAGGGUAACAGGAGUGCGUUUGCCUCACGAGCGGGCGCCAUUUUGUACCGGGAGCCACCUCCAGCCGCUAGCUGCGGCGAGAGCGUGUGAGAGAAAGCGAGCGAGCGAGCGAACGCGCGCGGGGGUUUGGGUUCCUUCCCCCCAGGGAUGGCGGAGGCGCUGGCAGGGGCGUUGGGCGACCCGGGUCCUGGCACGGCUUGCCUCCUCUUCGCCCCCUCCGAGCCCGGCGCCCGGCGGCUGUGCGACUUGCGGGUCAUCGACCUCCGGGCAGAGCUAAAGAAGCGGAACCUGGACAGUGGCGGCAACAAGAGCGCUCUGAUGGAACGACUGAAGAAGGCGAUUGAGGAAGAAGGGGGAAAUCCCGAUGAGAUCGAGGUUGGUUCUGACAUCUCAAGCAAGAAAGCCUCAAAGAAAUUCAGUAAAGUAGGUCGGAAGCCGGAAGAGGAUGGGGCUGAAGAUAAUGGACUAGAGGAGGAUUCUGGAGACGGGCAGGAGGAUGUUGAAGCAAGUUUGGAUAACUUGCAGGAUAUCGACAUGAUGGAUAUUAGUGUAUUAGAUGAAGCUGAAAUAGAUAACGGCAGUGCUUUAGGUUGCGGAGAGGAGUACAGUGCUGAUAACAUUUUUGACUCGCUGUCUGAUUGUAGAGAAAACGCUGAUGCAAAGAUGAAAGAGUUUCCAGAUCACCUUAUGGAACAUGCUGUGGACGAGGAAGGACUUGAAAACAGUUUAGAUGCUUCAUCACCUGAUGUCAUUGUAAUACAGGAUUUUGAAGAUCAGCCUUUGGAGCCAGAAAAUGAGAAAAUACUCGGCAUUUUGGGGGAAACUUGUAAAUGUGACCCACUUAAAGAAGAAGCUUCUGAACUGGAGCGGCCAAGUGCCCAGGACGCAAGUAACGAGGGGCCGGUCCUAAAGUUCCUGGAGGAAGAGGACGAAUUAGCCGCCAGCCAUUCUGAGGAGGAGGUUUUUGACUUGGACGGCGAGUCAACACAAGCCAUGGCGAGGAAGGCCGAAAAGCCCUUAGGGGUAGAGAAAGGGGAGACAAGCGAGCAGGCGUUAGACGAAGAGAAAAUGGACUCUGACACUUUAGUGGUAGAAAGCCCAAUGGAUCAGGGUAGCAAAGCGUCAGAAAAUGCAGAAGCCUCCUCUGGUGGCGAAGCCCAGGAAGCAGUGGAGAGAGACUCCAGCCCUGAAACCAAAGAUUGCCAAGAAGACUCUAAGAAAACAGAAGAUGAAGCUAGCCAAGAAGACUCCCCCGCAACUAAAGAGUCCUCUACCAAUGAGGGCGGUGAUCAGAAAAUGAGCUCUGUUGAUGACGGUCCGGAUGCAAAAGCGGUCUCAAAGGAGGAGAAAGGUCGCACUAGUAGCAGUUCUGGUAGAAAUUUGUGGGUUAGUGGACUUUCUUCAACUACUAGAGCUACAGAUUUGAAGAAUCUUUUCAGCAAAUAUGGAAAGGUGGUUGGAGCUAAAGUGGUGACUAAUGCUCGCAGUCCCGGGGCUCGAUGUUACGGUUUUGUAACAAUGUCUACAUCCGAGGAAGCGACAAAAUGCAUCGGUCACCUCCACCGAACUGAAUUACACGGGAGGAUGAUUUCUGUCGAAAAAGCUAAAAAUGAACCCGCUGGGAAGAAGCCCUCUGACAGAAAAGACAGUGAAAUGAAGAAGGAUAAAUCAGCCAGCAGCGACAGGCAUCAUUCUGCUGACUCCAGACUUGAAAAUAGAGCUGGACUUAAGAAGGAUGAGAAAACUGACAAAAAGGAUGAUAAGAAAAGUGAAGAGAAGAAGGAUGAAAAAGACAAGGACCAAGAAGAACUGAAGCCCGGGUCUACAGAUCGAUCUAGGACCACCAAAUCAGGAAGCAGAGGGACAGAACGGACAGUUGUAAUGGAUAAAUCUAAAGGAGAGCCUGUAAUUAGUGUAAAAACUACAACUAGAUCUAAAGAACGGAGUUCUAAGAGUCAAGAUCGCAAGUCAGAAAGUAAAGAGAAGAGAGACAUUUUGUCCUUCGAUAAAAUCAAGGAACAGAGGGAGCGAGAACGGCAGAGGCAGCGGGAGCGGGAGAUCAGAGAAACCGAAAGACGACGGGAGCGAGAGCAGCGGGAGAGGGAACAGCGCAUCGACGCCUUCCGUGAACGGAAAGAAAAAGCCAGAUUGCAGCGGGAACGUGUGAGACUUGAAUGUCAGAGGCAGCGUUUAGAGCGAGAGCGGAUGGAAAGGGAGAGGCUGGAAAGGGAGAGGAUGCGAGUAGAACAGGAGAGGAGAAAAGAGCAGGAACGCAUCCACAGGGAACGGGAAGAGCUCCGGCGCCAACAAGAACAGCUACGUUACGAGCAGGAACGGCGUCCUGCCCUGAGAAGACCAUAUGACAUGGACUCGAGGCGAGACGAUUCGUAUUGGUCAGAAGGGAAGAGGGCUGCUAUGGAAGACAGGUAUCGCUCCGAUUUUAACCGCCAGGAUCGCUUCCACGACUUUGACCACAGGGACCGAGGCCGAUAUCAGGACCAUUCUGUGGACAGGAGGGAAGGUUCAAGAUCGAUGAUGGGCGACCGAGAUGGACAGCACUACCCAGAUGACCGCCAUGGAGGUCCGGAUCGCCAUGGACGAGAUUCCCGCGACGGGUGGGGAGGCUACAGCUCGGACAAGCGGAUGAGCGAUGGGAGAGGGAUGCCUCCCCCCAGGGGAGGCCGUGACUGGGGAGACCACGGUCAAAGGAUAGAUGAUCAUCAAGGUCGUUCAUGGCAGGGCAAAGUGGAUGGCGGCAUGAUGAGCCGAGAUCACGAGAGGUGGCAAGGUGGUGAGAGGGGCGUGUCUGGUCGCUCAGGACCAGGCCAUAUGAUGAACCAGGGAGGAAUGUCGGGCUCGUUCUCCCUCCUGCCUAGGAAAGCCACUGACAGCCCUCAAAAAUACGGGACCUAAGACGCACAUGACAUCACAUGCAUUACGCCGGACACGCAGCGUAACACAAUGCCGUCACCAGGGCCACUUUGAGGAAGUGCACCAAGGUCACCUGAACCUAGAGCAUUUCUCCGGGCAGGGGGACUGCACCCCCCGCUCCCCACACCCCUCCAAGACCUGCUGCCAGAGCCGUUGCAUUCCCUUCCUGGCUCCCUCUGAGCACGGACACCAUCUCUAAUCCACAGAACUCAACAGCAGGAGCCGCAGCAACAGGAGGCUGGGUCCUUAAAAAUAAGAAUACUGGACAUAAGAGCAUUCAAUACCUUGUCUGUACUGGAUGGGGGAACCGACCAGCUGGAAAACAGAUCGUCCCCUGCAAAACCGGAUGAACGGUCCCUCUUUGACCCUGCCAGGACGCUUGAGGCCAGACCCAGCCUGCAGCCGACCCCGUGGCUCUUGCCCAGGAUGCCCUCUGUUACUCGUCUAAACGGGUCUGGGAGCUACCCAGCUGGAGGAGGUCCUUGCUGUCCGCCCUCCCUCCCUCCCAGGUCGUGAGGAGACUGGGAACUGGGCAUGUGAUGAUGGACGACCGCUUGGAUCCACUAGAUGUCAGCCCUGGCUCACAUAUCCUGCUCUGGCUGUCUGCAGCGGGCCCUGCUUCCCUUCAGCUCCCCUGGCAGGCCCAGGCCAGCCCCUUGUCUUCCCAUCAGGUGUCCGUCCGAAGCAGCGGAGGAGGACGGAGAGGCGGAGUGCUUGGCGAGUCCCCGUAAGAGACAGAGCUGUUCAGACUGGGCUGCUUCAGUGCAUCGGGAAGACGACCGUAAGGUUGUUUGAGCAGGGAACAUGUCUCCCAACUCGGUUGUAUUGGACUCUCUCAAGCACUUACUACAGUGCUCUGCACACA